CAAUUUGAGAGGGUGUCUUUUGCUGUGAUUUCGGUUUUUGCACUUUUUCUGACCGGAUUUUUCGAAUUUUAAACGAAUGGGAUAAAUUUUUGUUUGUGUGAAGUUAAAAAUCGACCGUACCGUUCGAUUUCGUUUGUGCGCGAGUGAUUUUGAGCCAGUUUGGACGGUAAAUUCCGGUCCGAUUGGUGGUGAGUUGAACCGUUGUUUUGAAUUUUCGACCCGUCUGACAGCACGGAUUGGCACUUUCGUUCAGUGCUAGACGUUCGUUAUUUUACGUAACCAAAUCGAUAGGCUGGCAUGACGUCACGAUCUGUCAAAGUUUGUUCCACGGCCUAAUUUUUUCCUUUAUUCCGCGAUGAGUUUGUGGUAAAAAGAUUUUCGGACCGCGGAAAAUCGUAGCAAAGUGAGGUGAACCAUUCGGAAAAGUGUGCCCCGAUCGAACCGGCACCCGGAAGCACUCGGUCGAGUUGGAAAAUCGAACCUAGUCGCCACGCACGGGGACGGCCUUAGAAUUGCAGGAGGGCCACCACUCUAAGAGGCUGCCACACACAGCAGAAGGAGCAGCAGCAGCAGCAGCUAACCUAUAUUUUCGCGAGGAGGUAGUUUUUUUUUCGAUUGCUAUAGUAUUUUCUCUCGCUCGCAUACUCAGCACUUCAGACACUCGUCGUCAGCGCUGGCACUUGUGCUGUGUGCUGCGUGGAGAGGAAUUAUAAUUGAUGAUUCAAUGCGAUGUGGAAAACUGAUGUAGACAUGCACUCGUUCGGGUAUUGAACAGUUCUCACUGACCACUCCCCCCAAAUGGUAAAAACAUAAGGAAAGUGUGAACAAUUAUGCUUGAUCUGGUGUGACGUCCAAUUAUUUCCGAAUCAAGACAGAGAGUAUGCAGAGUGGAGGAGGACCAUUGCAGCCGGCUGGACCCGGAGCUCGCGUACUGAUGUCGGGAACGCCGACCUCUCAGCAGCAGCCUGAUAUGCAGAAGAUGCAAUCCCAGCCGCUGCCAAUGAAUCAACAAUAUCAGCAACCGAACCUGUAUCGAGGUGCUGGUACGAACCAGGGAACGCGCCCGACGCGUCCCAUGAUGCAGCCAUACCCGCAUGGGCCGAUUUUUACAUCGAUCUAUCAGGUGCCGUUCAAUCCUCGGAUUCCAAACCAAUGGACCAGCUUCGGAUCAAUACCGGCCUAUUCGCCCCCGUACUAUGUACCCCAACCAGCGCCACUCAUUCAGAGCCAGCAUCAACAGAACCGACGCAAUCCGGCCGGUGAAAACAGUCUUGUAAAUAUGCAACAGGUUCAGCUGCAGCAGCCGCAUCCGAGCCAGCAAUCGUCACCGAUGGCCAUGCCGCACGAGUUGCUAGCCAUGCAGCAGCAAAUCCAUCAGCAGCAGCAGCAGCAACAACAACAGCAGCAACAGCAACAACAGCAACAGUCUCAACAGACGCCUCAGCAGGUCCCUGGGGCCGGUCAAGCACCGAUGGAUCACAAUCAGCCAAAUCCUGCUCAAGUAAGCGUCGGAGGACCGCAGCCACCUCCGCCGCACGCUAUGAUGCCCCAGCUACAGCUGGGAACUCCUCAUAUGGCACCAGUAGCCGGAGCAAUUCCGCCGCCAAAAACAACGUAUAACAAGAAGAAACGCUCACGAGCUAUUCCGAUCAUUAAUCCAGCCACGAACGAAGAUGUGCUGGAGAAGAUCUACAACGAUUCGACGCCACCGACUUCGUCAACACCGGCUCCGUCGUCCGGUCCAGGUCCGACGGCGACUUCAACAGCACCGGCCGUCGUUCCAGCCGCGUCAUAUAAUUCAAUUCCCCCUAAUGGAACCCCGGAGUUAGCCUCGUCGACCGGUACCGCACUGGGCUUAAUGCAGCAUCAUCAACCACCGCCACCGCAUCUUCAUCAUCCACCCCCGAACCAUCCGCCGCCAUCGCACGGACACCAUCCGGGAGUCCACACACUUUUACAGCAGCAGCCGCAACCAUCGCACUUGCAGCCGCACGAUCUGGUGGGCCGACCGCAGGCCGGACAAACUCAACAGCACGAACUGGUCUAUACCGGGCCAACACUGAAACUCGUCAAUCAACCGCCGCCAACGCAUCAUACGCAUCUAGAAAUGACCACGCCCGGUGGAACACCCGUUGUGUCCGCCAUCGCCGACGGACCCUCAGUAGAAAUUAAACCUUACCAGCAGAAGAAGAAGAAACCGAUCAGCACGAGCGAAGUGGUCAUGCAACAGCCACCUCAUCAACAGCAGCAGCAGCAGCAGCAACAUCCCCAUCAACAGCAUCAUCUUCCAGCCACUAGUAAUCCUCCGCCGCUGCAGCAGCAGCAACCGCAACCACAGCAACAGCCGCAUCUACAGACUGUCCUGUUAAACGAGGCUUCGGUUCCAACUGGCAUGCACAUUCCGUCGGCGUACGUCCGGCCGGAAAGAACCAUCUCGGAGAAAUCGAUUGCCGAAUCGACUCUCUCGACCGAUGCGGAACCGUUCGUCUACACUGGCCCGAGCAGUCUCAGCCAGUUGCCUCCCGUUGCUGUCGUUGCCGCUCCUCCUCCUCCUGCGCAACAACAAUCGGUUCCGCCACCGACGGCGCUGCUGGUGGAGCUGACCGUUCCGCCCCCGUCCGGUGGCACUCCGGCACUGCUUGGUGCCCCGACGAUGGUGGUUCCGCCGGAGCUGGUCGUCCCGUUCGCACCGAUCCCACUGCAGACGGUUAUCGUAGCUGCCGCCGAACCUCCGGCCCCGGAACUGAAAUCCAUCGAACAGACGCCGCCACCGGCGGCACCGACUGCGUCGGUUAAAGCAAACAGCAAAGCGGUAGACACUCUGAUAGCAAGCGUAGAGAAACUAAGCGUAGAGGAUAGCAACGUUAGUACCAGCAGCAGUAACACUAGCGGAACCAGUUCGAAUUCAACUGGCCACGGUGGUGGUGGUGGCGGCGGUAAGAAGCAGAAGCAAAACAAGCAGAAACGUGGUGAGGAACAGCAGCAGCAUGUGGCCAGUGAGACUGGCCAGCAGCACCAGCAAAGUAACAGCGGCAGCAAAGCUGCAGCAGCAACCGUAGCAACGACGGUAGUAGUGGAACCGGCCCGCCCCGUUCCGCCGUCAAUCGAUGAAACAGAUCGAUCAAUUGUUUCGACGGAGGCCGCUCAACAGCAGCAGCCGUCGUCGUUAAUUAGUAACUUAGUGGAGCAUAAUAAUAGUAAGUUAGAUAAUGAUAACCUAAUUAAUAAUAAUGUGGAUUGCACCAGUACUACAACAAUUACAACAAAAACAUCCGAUAAUUCGCCAGCAGACAACAACAACGCCGCUUCAUCGCCGAUGGAGAAUGCAAAGCAGCAGUCGCACGAUACGCGACAGAAGACGCCGCCUGCGGCGGCACCCGGAAAAGCCGACGAGGAAAAUAACUUGACUCCGACAGCGGAACGUACCGAAUUUGAUAGCAACAAGAACGUCAUUCCGGUGGUGGUGACCAACACGUCCGUGCCGCCACCUUCGGUGGUGCUGGAAAAUCUAAAACCACCGGGUAAAGUCGAUUCGGCGGCAGCGCCGCCAUCAAAAGAGUCGUCACCGACGACGUUUGCGCCCGCCGGGCGCCUGACAACGUCCGUACCACCUCCGCCGGUGGUCACCAAGUCCCGCUCGAUCACCCGCAUCGAGUACGAUCCGGACCAGUGGAGUCCGGAGAAUCCGACCGGCAAAAAGAAGUACUCCCGCGAUCAGUUGAUGCAGCUGAAGGACGCUCCACCAGCGCGCGAAAAGCCCGUCAAUCUACCGAACAAUCUGGAGAACGUGCUGACCCGAACGGGUCACGGUGGUGGUGGUGGAGGCGGCGGCGGUGGUGGCGGAGGCCACCCAAUGCAGUACGGCAAAAACAACUUCACCGAAAUGCUGCUGCCGAACUUCAUCAAGAUGGGCGGAAUGGGCGGCGGUGGCAACAUGGGCCCCAUGCGGCAACCCUAUCCGGUCAAGCGAAGCUCCCAGCAGGGCAACCAGGGCGGCGGCGGCGGCGGUGGCGGCCAGUCCGGAAUGCAGUCCAACAAACAGUCCCAACAGGGUAUGAGCAAAACUGGCUCGAAAAUCAUUCGCCUCCAGCUGGACGAAGAGGUCAAACUGAACGAGUGUGCCAACGCAUGGCGUCCGCGGCACCUGCAAGCCCCCCAGGAAAACCAAAACGACGAAGACUCCAAAACGCAGCUACUGUACAAGAAGUUCCGCUCGGUGCUGAACAAACUGACGCCGGACAACUUCGAAAAGCUGGUGCAGCAGGUUAAGGCGUACGUCAUCGAUACGGACGAGCGGCUGGACGGUUGCAUUCGGUUGGUCUUCGAGAAGGCCGUCUCGGAGCCGAACUUCUCCGAAGCCUACGCCAAGAUGUGCCGGGAAAUCGGCACCAUCGCCGUGCUGGCCACCAACACCAACAACGACAAGCGACUCAGCUUCAAGGGCCGACUGCUGUCGCAGUGUCAGCUCGAAUUCGAAGCCCGUCGAAACGAUCAAACGCGAGCCAAGUCGGAGAACCGCGCCAAGCUGGAAGCCAGCAAGGGAAUGGCCAAAGAGCAGCUGGACGAACUGCGAGCACAACUGGAGGAGGAAGAGCAGAAGGUACGGAGGCGUGCCGUCGGCACGGUCCGUUUCAUCGGUGAGCUGUUCAAGAACGGUCAGCUUACGACGAACAUCAUGCACGGCUGCAUCGGGCUGCUGAUCGACGACAAAGAUUACGACGAGGAAACGCUCGAGUGUCUGUGCAAGCUGCUAACCACCAUCGGCUUCAAGAUGGAAAAAGAGCACAAUCACGAUCUGAGCAAGUAUUUCGAAAAGAUGCAGAACAUCGUGAAAAACCGGGACCAGUUCCGCAUCAGCAGUCGCAUCCGCUUCAUGCUGCAGGACGUGAUCGACCUGCGUCGCGAUGGUUGGCAGCCGCGCCGACAAGAUCUGAACCCGAAAACGAUGAACCAAAUCCAGAAGGAGGUGGAGAACGAGCAGGUGCAAUUCAAUCUGAACUACAUGCCACGUGGCAAGGACAGUGGCUACUCGAGCGAUAUGGGCCGCAACCAGCGCGGUAACAUGCAGGGUGGUGGCGGUGGCGGAGGCGGCGGCGGUGGUGGUGGUGGCGGUGGUUCCAAAAUGGGCCAGAUGGGAUCGGGCGGCUACAAUCAGGGUUCGCUCGGACGUUACGGCAAUCAGAGCUCGAUGAAGGGCGGCGGCCGAGUGCAGACGGACGACGAUGGCUUCCAGCAAAUUUCCAACUCGCGAAACAAUCGCAACACACUGCCGAUCGAUCCGAAGAAGAUCAACUUCCCGAUCAGUGUGGACAUUACGGCCCGCCUGGGGGCGGCCACCAACUAUCAGAACUGGAAAACUCCCAACAGCAACAUGUUUGCCGAGUUGACGAACGAAGAGCACGACCGAGACCGCGAUCGGGAUCGCGACCGUGACCGUGAUCGGGAUCGCAGCGGUAGCAAUCGGGACCGAAAUCAGCGCGAUCGCAGCGGCAGUCACAACAAAAACUCCGGCGGUAAAGAUUCCUACCACCACGGCAAGGGCUCGAUGGAACGGGAUCGCUAUAACCGCUACGGAAGCAGUAGCAGUCAGAAUGACGAUCGCCGAUCGUCCCGGGAACCCUCGUCGGGCAGCAUGCGUUCGAUGGGCGGCGGCGGCGGAGGCAGUGGCAGCCAAACGCAGCAACAACAACAGCACAGCAAUAACCAAAUGCACGAUCGAGGGGAUCGCGACCGCGAUCGAAAUAUGGGUAAAAUGUCUCCUCCCCAGCAGCCCAUACCGAAUCGCUCCUCUCAGCAGCGACAUAUUCCAACACAACAGCAGCAGCAGCAGCAGCAGCAACCGGGCAGCCGGUUAGGUGCCGGUCCGCCGUCGGCACUCUCGAAAUCCGGCUCCGGUCAGUUGCUGUACCAGGCACCACCGCCGCAGCAGCAGCUGCCGCAAUUCGCCAUUCCAAAGGAUGUUGCCGCCAGCAGUGUGACGACCGCCGCUAGCAGCGGCAGCAACAGUAGCAACAACAACAACAGUACCGGCAGCAGCGUGCCGCCGCAGGCGGUAGUUCAACGAGACUUCCCACAGCCGGACAAAGACACCGAACAGCAGCUGAUGAAAUUCGCCAAAACGAUCGACAAGGACGAUCUACAGACGGAAACCAGUAUAGAAGCGCUGCAGUGCAUUCGGGCCGAGUAUCGUCACGCUGCCGUCAGCGAGCUGUUUACGAGCAACAUCGAACGGGACAUGAAGCACCGUAUGGCCGUCGUGCAGACAAUCGACGUUAUGUUCGAACGGGGUUUGAUCACCAAAGCGGACUAUCUGCAUGCCUUGGAGGAGCUGCUGAAACAGGCGGAUGAUCUAAUCAUCGAUCUACCUCAUCUCUACAAGCAUUUGGCCACCUUCUACGUCCAGUUGCUGCGCAAGCGCUACAUCUCGCUGCCCGAGCUUCGCUCGGCAGCCCCGGACGACAUCAUCAAAUCCUACGGUGCGGUCCUGCUGAAGGAACUGCUGCUAGCGUACGAAGCAGCCUACGACAAGGACGACACGGUCCUGCUGUGGUACGAAUCAUCUCUCGACUUUAGGGAUUUCAUCGCUUCCGCCGAUCCGGAAAAAUUCCUAAACGAUGCCAAACUGGGCUAUCUGCUCGAUUCCGGCAGUAAAGCCCUGGACAUGCAGACGGUCGGCGCGCAAAUAAAGCAUUUCCUGCAGGGUAACGUCAAGUUCGUGGAAAUCUUCGAAUGGAUCGCCAACUACGUCGGCCCGGAACGGGAGAGCUCGAACGAAUUCAUCCGGACGCUGACGCGAACGGUCAUCAAACACUGCAUCGAUAACAAAUCGAAACUGAGCAUCUCGGAGAUCGGCAAGUGGCACCAGGUCCUGCAGAAGUACAUCGAUAGCAAACCGGAGCGGGAACUGCAGGCCAUGUACGCCAUCCAGCGGCUGGUGGUCGAGCUGGAGCAUCCGCAGAACCUGCUGCACACGAUUAUGGAGCAGCUGUACGACUUCGAUGUGAUAAUGGAGGGAUUCGCCCUGUGGAAGGAGUCGACCGAUCCGUUGGAAGCGGAAGGCAAGGGCGUCUGCCUGAAGGGAAUUACGCAGUUCAUGACGAUGUACAUGGAAAAUCUGAGCGAUGAUGAAAGUUAAAGUAAAUUUGCUGGAACACUUUUUUUUAGAAAAAGGCAGAAGAGGAUAAAAUUCGCGUAAAUUUUGACUAUAUUGAAGAAAAAAAAACAUUAUUAUAAUGAUUAUACUACUAAUAAAAAUAAUUGAUAAAAAUAUGAAUAAAUUUAACGUUAAGAUCAACAUUUAUUUACAUAUAUAUUUAUAAACUAUCAAAUAAAGUAUCUGG